AUGACAAUGCAUGAAAUAAAGGUGAGUGUGACACAUCCAUCUGCAAUCGUUCCAAAAAGACAAUCAGAUGGUGCUGCUGGAUACGACAUACAUGCUGUCGAGCAAGGUAUACUACUCCCUAAUGAAACGAGAUCAGUUAGAACAGGACUUGUAUGGCAUCUCCCACAGUCAAUAGUAGGACUGAUAUUCGGAAGAUCUGGCCUAGCACUGAAUAACUGGAUCGAUGUGCACAAUACAUCCAUACACUCAAGGUGUAUCUCGGAGCUUUCAAUCACAAUGACAAAUAACGGCAAAGAACCUUUUGAAUAUAAGGAAUCAAGUAGAAUAGCACAGGUGGUGUUUGUACCGACUGUUGAAACCGUUGUUGAUGUUAUGGAUUCAUUAUAUACAACUGAAAGAGGAUGUCUUGGCUUUGGAUCAACAGGGAUGAAAUAA